GUAGAGCAAUACACGCACUCUCUCGGAUUGGUGAAGACUGUUACCUUGAGGCAUUCGAUGAAGGACUGGCUGUCCGGACAGUGAAUUCCUCACGAUCGGCUUUUGCCAGUUUCCUUUUCGCUCCUGCCUUCUUCCAGAAAUAUGAUCCCGGCAUUAUCUGUCCGACAUCUGAGCCUGACGCAUCCCCGUCACAAACGGAGAAUUUCCGCUGUAAAAUCGUGAUGAAGUCUGUACUGGCUGUUUUUAAGUCUCCAUCCACUCUCGAGAAGACUGUGGAGAAAUGCAAAAUUGCACUAGGCCGAGGAAUGGAUCAGCUCAUCAUCCAACUUCUCUGCAAACACGGCAUCACAAAAACACACAACCUCGCCUUCCAGGAGUGCGAGACGCUGCAGGCUGUAUACAACAAGGAGCAUUGCCCAAACACAUUGCGAGCGCAGCCCAAGUUAUUCACUGACACAGUCGUUCAUUUCCCUACCAACCUCGAGGAGGUGACUCUCGAGAUCAAAGGUCGGCGGGUCUAUUUCCGAAACUACAUCGAGCCGGAUACAGAUCCCAGGAAGACAAUGCACACGGAGAUGGUUCUAACCCCGCUCGAAUUUGAUGAGUUCUCCAUGAAGGACGAGACAGAGAUAACUUUCUGCUUGAAGGAGCUGAGGGGGCUAUUGGGAUUUGCAGAGGCCUCAGGACUUCCUGUCACUGUCCACUUCCAGGGCCCCGGCAGCCCUGCCAUCUUCAGCCUGCACGAGGCUGUCCUCGAGGUGAACUUUGUCCUGGCCACACUAGCGGACGUGGAAUCGCAGAGCACGUGCCGUGCAGGAGGAGACAGCGGAUCUCGAGGAGGACCCCACCAUGUUCCUGACGAUUUCAUGAAUGAGGAGAUGGAUUCCUACAUGAUUGCCAUGGAGACCAGUGCCAUGGAACAAAUGCUGUCGGGGACCGAGGUUCCUCCAAACGAUGACGCCGCGCCUCGAAGCCCCACGUUCCCUCUGGCACACAGCAACAAGCGAGGCCAUGGUCAAAUGGGUGAGGCACUGCCAACUCACCACGAUGAGGAGGAGGAGGAUGCAGAAAUACCAGCCACACCCCCACACAAGAAGCAGUUCCGCUCGCUGUUUUUCGGCUCCCUGCUCUCACCGAGGGAGAACCCGAGGUUGGUCCUGGGCCAUGAGGUCCUGGCUGAGGCAAGUGACAGUGACAGUGAGACCUGACAUCGGAGGGAACUGGUGCGAGGAGACACAGCAACACAGUGUACAAAGUGUGAUGAGGGAAUACCUGACCGAUGCUGGUGAAUUAACUAUCAGAAAGAU